AUAGGGUUUUGGGUGCAGAACUGCAAUGAGCGCGAAAAGGCGACGGAGUGAUGAGGAUCCGUCCGGUGCGAAUUGCCGGAAAAUGGAUGUGAAGAGGCGACGGAAAAUGUGCGGGAAGAGGAGACGGAGUCACGAGGAUCCGUCCGGUGCGAAUGGUGAAUCGGAGUCGGGUUCGAAGCGCCUUUGGCCAUCGACGGCAAUGAAACCUUUAUCAGAUAGGACGCUGAAGCUGUUAAGGGGGAACAAUACAUGCUUUCCAAGUGUAUCCAAGUGGCGACAACGAAACAUCAAACUUUCAAUCUUGGACCCCUGCAUCCGCGCCAGGGAUACUUACAACCCUUACCGACGUGAUGUGAGUAUGGAAUUUAAGGUCGGCUCGUAUUUUGACAGAAAAUGCCCCUUUUAUUCCCAAUCCUUCGUAAAUCUGCCCAAAGUCCAGGUAGACUAUCACCUGACAGUAUUAGAUUUGCUAAAUGGUAAACUCUUGAGUUUCUACGACAGUGCUAGUAGUAUCUUCAGUGAUUUGGCCUCUAACUCAAGCACGACACAAGUCAGACAAAGUGUUACCCUAAACAUGUAUGGUAAAAGCAUUAUGAUAUGUUGCGUGUUUGUGCCUUCGAUAUGGUCUUCAGAAGAUGCACACACGAUUUAUCACACAGCAUUAGCUUCUCAUGAACUGGCUAGUAGAGAUGAUUUCGUGAUGGUGGUGGUGCCAAUGAUGAGGGAGGGUUUCACUAGUUCUUACUCUAUCUAUGAACACUUCUUGUCGGGCUUUUCCUGCCUUGCUGUCCCUUUCCAUGAAACUCAUCGGAGUGAAAAGAUUUGCUCAGCACUCGGUUUUUAUGGUAAGCUUAAAGUUGUGAUUGCAGAUAAAUAUCAGAAGGUCCUUUACCAUGGCCCGCCCGACAUGUUUCGUGGGGUUGGAGGAGCUGAACUUGAUUGUUUUCCCUUUACUCCGGAUAGAGUGAAGACUUGUUUACACCGUGAAAGUUUUCGGUGUGAUCACUCCCUCAAUGAGCUUUUGGGCCUUAGAGAUGCUGAUGUUCUCUUCAACAUUGAAUAUCUCACUGGUGGCAAGUUGGAGGAGGAUGCUGCAGGUAUUACUGUUUCAGAACUUAAACAUAAGUUUGUGGGGGUUUACAUGUGCUAUAAUGGCCGAAGUUUAAGGAUACUUCUGGAGGUUCACAAGGAAUGUAGGCGCGAGAAGUAUGAGCUUGAAAUUGUGCUAGUGUGUUGUCCCUUCUAUUGGCAGGUGCCCCCAGAGUUGCAUAAGGAGUUGAUCAUUGAAGCUCUUGCAAGUGUUAGCGUCCUAGGCUGGUGGGUUUUGCCCUUCGACAACACCGUAUGCCAUAGGCUACUGCGAAUGUGCGAAGUUGGCAGUCAUCGGGAAGGUUUUUUUAUAGUGGAUCCCAAUGAAAAGUUUGUUGACCCGUAUGGAUUACCAAUCAUCCUUGAUUUUGGCAUUGACAGUUAUCCCUUCACCAGGAAGAAAAUAAUCGACAAGGAAUUACAAAGGAAAAUGGGACUGAGAUUGAACUCAUUACUACAUCCUUGGGGAUAUCCUUCUAGCUCGCUUGAUACCUGCACCAUGAUUCAUGAUUCUAUGGCAAUGCUUGAGGACAAGAUUGUUGUUCUUUAUCUGUACAAAGAGCCAGAGAAGUUUUUAGCUGAUAGGUUGGCUGCAUGGUAUAAAGAGAUUAUCAAGGAAAGGGAUUCAAGUGUUGUUGAGGUGGUUGCUGUAAGCAUUGAUGGUAUUAGGGGCACUAGUGAUGAAGACUUCAUGGCUUUGGGGUGGUUGGUGUGCCCUGCAGACCCAGCCAAGUCGGCUAAACUUUGUGGCGAAAUCUUCCAUCCUCUUUGUGGGCCACGCGAGACUCUUGUUGCUUUUGAUGAAGAUGGCCAAAUUACAUCCAUGGACCCUUCUCACAUUUUGGAAUCUCAACGUCCUUUCCUUGCCAAUAAUCUGCGUCAAGAGAUUGUUCUGGAAUUUGAUAACGCUGGGUUUGGAUACAUGUCCUAUUGAUCAUAUGAUGGGUUUGCAAGCACUCUAUUUUGCCUGGUUCACAUUAUACCUUGGUACAGACGUCUUGUGGCAUAUGAUAUCAUAUUAUUGUGAAUAAGGAAACCCCUGCAUA